GUAUGUUUUCUCUGUCUUUCGCAUCCUCUCACCUACUCACUCACAUCUUUCCUGAGUUUUUCAGGGUUCCUUUCUCGGCUGUGGAUGUUGGCAUGGUGAUUCCGCUUCGGGGGCUUUUUUUUAGAUGGGCCCAGCGUGAACCAUCGUGUUACGUGUGGGUGUGCGAGAGCGAAUGUGUUCUUGGCUGGUUGCUUGUAACGUUUUUGGGGAUGCUGGGGCAGGUGUGUGUGUCUGAGGCAGCAGCCGCAGACUCCAGCUUGAAAACAGGUUCGAAUCUCGGAGCUUUCGUGUGUAGCGUUUCGAUUCGAGGUGCCCAUCUGCGGGCACCGGAGCGUAAAGCGAUCCAGCGGUGCGAGAGCCGACAGGUAUAGGGAGAGCCGAACAGAGCACAGAGCGGUACAGAACAGUCGACCGCAGAAAGCACGGAAGCUGAAGCGAGAUGCAGGCAGUGAGCGGUGAGCGAAAGCUCGCCCGAACAGAGAGCCGGCCCAGGCAGGGCUCGCUCGUGCGUCUCCAUAUCGAUAUGCGUAGAAGAGCACAAGACGCUGGAUACGGCAGAACGACCGAAACGUUUGGUGCGCGCGCGCUUACCCGAUUUUUAAAAAAGGCACUAAGCGUUAUUUUUCUCAACCCCGUAGCUGCACGCUUUUUUGGGGCGUUUUUUCCGGUAAGUUUCCCAGUCCUGGAGCUUUCCCUGUGCGCCUAGUAGUACGGAAGAUCCUGAAAGGAUCGUUGUGUUAGUGUCCAAGGACAUUUACGUGCGAGUGCAUAUGUGUGCGUGUGUGUGUGAGUUGGUGUGGUGCCAGUGAGUGUUUGUGUUGAUAAGGAAGAGGUGCGUUUGCGUAGGAGUGUCCGACGGUACCGAUUCCCGAAAACCGAACUCUAUCAAGCCCAAGAGUGAUGGUGUGUACAUAUGUGUUCGUACAACACAGCGACUGCAAACAGAACAAACAAGAAACGCGUCUAAAAAACGUCUGUGCGGUGUUGAUUGAUAUGCGGCCGGGCUCGAUUAACGUUUGAAGUUUUGACUGAUAACGUAGGUUGGUGUAACGCUAGCGAAAGCCCGUCAGAAAGCGGUCUCGCUUCAUCCCUCGCUGGCACGGGAAGCGCAAAAGCGCGAGGGUCAAAUGUUUGUCUAAUUUAUGGGUAUUGGUGAAGGUCGUACAAAGUCGGAUAAGCUCCGGGCUAGUGCACCGUCGUUGCGCACUGUGGGCUAGAUGUUAGUGGAAGGUAUUGGUGCCGCCGUCCGGAACGUAUUACCCGACCCAGAACACAUACCCGUACCGUCCGCGUGUGCGCUAGGGAUGGAUCAGCAAUCGAACGAAUCGGCAGCAGUGGCCGUGGCGGCUGCAGCAGCUGCCGCAGCCGCCGCCGCAACGGGCCGUACCGGUGGUUCCAGCACACAGGCGGGUGACUUUGCCGCCGCGGCCGCUGUAGUGCUGUCGUUGCAGAACACCAUGGUCACCAGCCUGCAGCAAGCGGCUCUCAUGCCAGCAAACUCGGCCGCCGCAGCCGCCCUUAAUCUGCAGGCACUCGAAUCGUACCUGACGCUGCAGAGGAUCACCAGCAAAUCGGAGGUGUUACGUCUGACCGGGUCUGGCGGUGGUCAGACAUCAGUUCACCAGCGUAGCCAGCCCCUGCCCUCGAUGCCCAUAACAGGCCCGGCCGCUCAAACGUCGAACGAUUCCAGCGCUACCGGCGGUGAUACGAUCGGCGAUGACAUGUUCAUGGACACGUCCGGACCGUCGAUGCUACUGCAGGGGAAUGAGCUAGCGGAUGAGCUACCCGUGCUGGACCAAGACGAAGAUCUCAACUUUGACGAUGCGGCCGACGACACUUCCGACGGCAACUCGCUCGACAAUGGCUAUCCCAGUCUACUGCUGAAUGCCGCCUUCCACCAUCAGAUGACGGCCGAUAAGAUGAAAACCCUGGCGGCUGGUGGAAUCGGAACGGUUACUCCAUCCGUCGCAGUGAGUACCGUCGCAUCCGGAGGAAUCGGUUCGAAGGAGUCACAAACUAGUGCCGCAACGACGGCAGCAACUGUAGCGGCCGGUGGCAGUGGUCAGCGUCCCAAGAAGCAGUUUAUUUGCAAGUUCUGCAACCGGCAGUUCACCAAGUCGUACAACCUGCUUAUCCACGAGCGCACACACACCGACGAGCGACCGUACUCGUGUGACAUUUGUGGCAAAGCGUUCCGUCGCCAGGAUCACCUGCGCGACCACCGCUACAUUCACUCGAAGGAGAAACCGUUCAAAUGUUUGGAAUGCGGAAAAGGAUUCUGCCAGUCGCGAACGCUCGCCGUACACAAAAUACUGCACAUGGAGGAAUCGCCCCACAAGUGUCCGGUGUGCAGCCGCAGCUUCAACCAGCGCUCGAAUCUCAAAACACACCUGCUCACGCACACGGACAUCAAACCGUACCAUUGCAUUGCUUGCGGCAAGGUAUUCCGACGGAAUUGUGACCUCCGGCGGCACAGCCUCACGCACAAUCUCGGUGCCACGGCGACCGGAACGGGCGGUGCAUUCGAUAUAACAGGCACGAACGCAACCACAGCCGUCGGUCCGGAUGGAUCGGCCGAGAGUGAACCGGACGGAUGUGAGCUAAAAACUGUGGAUCUGAUGGCACUAGCCGAUGUGGACUGAGUGUGACGGACUCGGGACAGCAAUAGCACGCUGUGACGUUGCGCUAACAAACCACAAAAUGUUCCGAGUGUGCGUCCGUGUAUGUGUACAAGAGUCUGAGAGGGGAGAGGGGUGGUUGCUUAAGAGAAACGGUAUUUUAAUAGUGUAGAUUUAAGACAACCUGUGAGAUCGCAUGUGGUUUUUAGCGUGAGUAAUUUAAAUGUGACUGAUAUGAUAGCGAGAGGGGUUCGUCGCUUAUAAUACAUAGCGUAGGAAUGGAAGUCUUUCGUUUCGGAAAGCGCACCGUAUGGGCGCGUUGGUGGUGAUAGAUUGUAAACAAAAAUAGUAAUAAUCUAUGCACUGUAACUGUGCCUUCGGCCAGCCAGGCCUGGCUUGGACUGAUGUCGUUCUCUGAGAAUUAUUAUCCUUCCUUCCAAUAUUGCAUUUGUCUGAGGUACUCGAACCUUAUUCGAGUGAAGCAUAGUUAGGAGCUUUCGUUAAGUAUAUAUUAUUGAUUGAGUGUGUGUGUGUAUGUGUGUGAGUGUGUGUGUGCAGCGUCAACGUUGACCGUGCCAGAACUAUGUACAACGGAUUACAUGAUGUUCCACUUAUGUGACGGAACAGUCGUAUAAAGUAAUUAAAUGCUAGAUGUAACGUAAUGUAAGGCAGCUAGAUGAUAUUAGCAAUACAUUCUCUCAAACAGAAA